AUUUCCCCAAAAUGGCACAAGCUCAAAGAAAAGGGUAAACCCACAUCUCAAGCCCCUGUUCUUUCUUUCCAUACAUAGAUAUAUGGCUCAGACAACCCCGAAUCACACACAGACUGUUUCUGGGUGGGCAGCUCAUGAUUCCUCCGGCAAGAUCACCCCGUACGUCUUCAAGAGAAGAGAAAACGGCCCCAAUGAUGUUACCAUUGAAAUCUUGUACUGUGGGAUAUGCCACACUGAUCUCCACCAUGUCCGGAAUGACUGGGGCAUCACCAUGUAUCCGGUUGUCCCCGGGCAUGAAAUUACUGGGGUUGUCACCAAGGUAGGAACCAACGUGACAAGGUUCAAAACAGGGGACAGGGUAGGAGUAGGAUGCUUGGCGGCAUCAUGUUUGGAGUGUGAGUUCUGCAAGAGCUCUCAGGAGAACUACUGUGAUCAGAUUCAGUUUACCUACAAUGGUAUUUUCUGGGAUGGUAGCAUCACCUAUGGUGGAUACUCCAGAAUGUUGGUUGCAGAUCAGAGGUAUGUGGUUCGGGUGCCGGAGAAUUUGCCAAUGGAUGCAGUGGCUCCAAUGUUAUGUGCGGGAAUAACAGUGUACAGCCCCAUGAAAGACACCAAGAUGCUAGAGUCACCGGGGAAGAAGCUAGGAAUAAUCGGUUUGGGAGGACUGGGUCAUGUUGCAGUUAAAUUUGCAAAGGCUUUUGGCCUCCAUGUGACCAUCAUCAGCACCUCUCCCUCAAAAGAGAGAGAGGCGAAAGAGCGCCUGGGCGCAGACCAUUUCAUAGUUAGCACCGACCCCAAACAAAUGCAGGCAGGGAAGAGGAGUCUGGACUUCAUACUGGACACAGUGUCUGCGAACCACUCCCUGGGGCACUACUUGGAACUGCUGAAGGUGAACGGGACAAUGGUGAUCGUAGGCGCACCAGAGAAGCCCAUGGAGCUGCCGUCUUUCCCUCUGAUAUUCGGGAAGAGAACGGUGAAGGGAAGCAUGACAGGAGGGAUGAAUGAGACGCAGGAGAUGAUGGAUGUGUGUGGAAAGCACAACAUCACAUGUGAUAUCGAGGUGGUGAAACCAGACCAGAUUAAUGAAGCCCUCGAGCGCCUUGCAAACAAUGAUGUUCGGUAUCGUUUCGUCAUCGAUAUUGCUGGCCAGUCUCCAAAUCUUUAGAGAUAUGCGGCACUUGGCCUUACCUUAAUUAAUGCUUAAUUUAUGUCAUUGUACAACAACCCAUGGGUUGCAAUUAUGGCAGCUGAACCUGCCUAAAUUUGAGACCAAACCAAACAGUUGCCCAAUUUGUUUUUCAGUUACCCAUC